AUGGCGAGUGUCGACGGAGUCUUGAGCUCAAGCUCUAAUAUUUUUUCGAAUGGAACUGGUACUUAUACCACAGCAACAAUACUGGACCUCACACAUUUCAAUUAUCCAUGGAUUCUUUUGGUCGUCUUCCUUGCCUCAUUCAUCACACACAGCAUCUUAACUGCGGAAUAUUCUGAUGAAUCUGGACCGAUGCUCACAGGUCCUGGGGGAAAACCUUUGCCACGAUCUGUGAGGAAGACAAAACAAGAUAGAGAUAAGCUCAAGUCGCAGGAUUUCAGUCCUGUUCGGAAGUUAUUGUUUCUUUGGCUUUCGGCUGGUAUUCUGGUAACUUUUCUCGGCAAUGCGAUCAACAUUGUAGUACAUGCUCUCGACAAACGGGAAAAUGGUUGGUGGUGUGGCGAAGCAACUGCUAUAUACGUUUGCGCCUCGCUCUUUUUCUAUAGUGUCUUUCUCAUUUCUUUAGUCGACACAGCACCAUCACCUUCAAUCGCACAUCAGGUUACAUGGUUGGUUGCGCUGGUUGGCGAACUUGUGCUUCUGGCCGCUUCGUUAUCUUUAUAUACCUCCGCUCAUCGAGAACUCAACUCACUUCUUGUGUACGACCCGGAUUUUCACAAAUACGCAACCCAAUGGGAAAUUGUUGAGCUUGUACUCGAUACAAUUCGGGUAGUUCUACUUUUGUUCUGUGUAGCUUUCUAUUGCGUCUUCACCCUGGAACUCUCAUUUAAAUACAGAAAUAAAAGUCGGCAACCCAGCAGUGAGCCUGAUGAAAACAGCCCUCUUCUUUUCAACGGUCGAGCGAAUGGAAAUGGCCAUGUCUCCGGAAACGGUUCAAUCGCAAAUGCGUCUGCUGCAGACUCAGUGUCAUUGAAUGGUCAUGUAAUUGCGAAUGGUUCUGCAGCACAAACCGACAUUCACGGAAGACCGAUUGAUCAGCAGCGUGUGGACGAAGUACCCGCGUUUUACAAGCCUACAACGGCUACAACGAAAACGUGGUGGGAGUAUUUGAAAGGAUAUUCGCUCUUCUUUCCAUACCUGUGGCCGGCUAGAUCGGCUCGCUUGCAAAUAGUAGUUGUUGUUUGCUUCCUGCUUGUCGUCAUGCAGCGAAUAGUGAACAUCGCGGUCCCUUUGCAAGUCGGAAGAGUUACCGACGCACUCACUGGUGAUGAUAAAGAGGCCACGAUGCCGUGGGUAUCUAUUUCUCUGCUCAUUGUUUUCAAGUUUCUUCAAGGCUCUUCUGGAAUCCUAGGGGCUGCUAGAUCGGUUCUGUGGAUUCCAAUAUCACAGUACUCAUACAAGGCCUUGACCACCGCCUCAUUUGAGCAUGUCCAUGGUCUGAGCCUGGAUUUUCAUCUCGGAAAACGAACCGGAGAAGUCCUAUCAGCACUUAGUAAGGGUAACGCCAUCAAUAAUUUCCUUGAGCAAGUGACCUUCCAGGUUCUUCCGAUGAUAUUUGAUCUUGGCGUAGCUAUUGGUUAUUUUGCAUAUGCUUUCGACGCAUACUAUGCCCUCGUGGUUAGCAUCAUCACAUUUUCUUAUAUUUAUCUUACCAUCCGAAUGGCAAGAUGGCGAUCAGACCAACGUCGACAAAUGCAAAACCUCAGCCGUGAGGAGGAUGCUGUCAAGAACGACUCUUUAACAUCUUAUGAAACUGUUAAGUACUUCAAUGCUGAGACUUAUGAAUUUGAUCGUUACCGACAAGCAGUCUCGGCUUUUCAGAAGAUGGAAUUCAAAGUGACCAUUUCUUUGAAUAUCCUCAACAUCAGUCAAAACUUGGUCUUUAUGGCUGGACUUCUUGUAACUUCUUUCAUCGCUGCGUACCAAGUUACAACUGGUAAGCGCCAAGUGGGACAGUUUGUGACUCUAAUCACAUACAUGGGCCAACUUCAACAGCCGUUGAAUUUCUUUGGAUCUUUCUAUCGAGGGAUUCAGAGCGCUAUGAUCAGUGGCGAACGUCUUCUUGAAUUGUUCAAAGAAGAGCCGACUGUUAUUGACGAGUCAAGUGCUGAGCCACUGCCAGCAUGCGAGGGUCGAAUUGACUUCAAUCAUGUUAAAUUUUCCUAUGAUACCCGCAAACCUGCACUGGAGGACUUGACUUUUACCUGUAAACCGGGCACCACUACAGCAUUCGUUGGAGAAUCCGGAGGAGGAAAGUCCACUGUCUUCCGGCUACUAUUUCGAUUUUAUAAUACCCAGAAUGGUAGUAUCCAACUUGACGGCCACGACAUUAGGGAUGUCACCAUAGAUUCGUUAAGACAUCACAUUGGUGUCGUACCACAGGACACAAUUCUAUUCAAUGAGACUCUUAUGUACAAUCUCCGAUAUGCCAACCAAGAUGCAACCGAUGAAGAUAUUUUCAAUGCAUGCCGAGCUGCUUCAAUCCAUGAUAAGAUACUGGCGUUUCCGGAUGGCUACGACACGAAGGUUGGCGAGCGAGGUCUUCGUCUCAGUGGUGGUGAAAAGCAGCGAGUGGCAAUAGCACGAACAAUCAUCAAGAAUCCCCGGAUCAUCAUGCUUGAUGAAGCCACCGCUGCAUUGGAUUCUGACACUGAACAACAUAUACAAGAAGCAUUAAAGACCUUAUCUGAAGGCCGUACCAUGCUAGUUAUCGCCCAUCGAUUGUCCACCAUUACCAGCGCAGAUCAAAUUCUGGUUCUUCAUGCCGGACGGGUUGCUGAAGCUGGAACCCAUAGCGAGCUUUUACUCAAGAAGGGUCGAUACGCACAGAUGUGGAAGAAGCAAAUCCGAGCUGAACGAGCAGCUGAGAAAGCAUCUGAGAUGGUAGCAAGGGCUAGAGCUCUCAGUGAAGCAGCCUCUAUUCAGACUCCUGGCAACCACCGUAGUAAAGCCAACAAUGGCAGUGCGGAAGUAAGCGAAUAUGAGGGAGAUAAUCACAGUAACAGAACCCUCGUCGCCUCCACUUUAGCGACAAGAGCUCUUACCCGAACUACUGAGCGUCGAAACAACAAUGGUGACAGUUCUAGUUCUAAAUCUAAUUCUAGUUCGGAUUCAGAUGACCACAAAUCAGAUGAAGACAAAAAAACCGGGAAAGACAAAUCUGGCGAUAAAAAAGGUGCCGGCACAGAUAAGUCAAAAAAACGCUAA